CAUGAAGGGACUUUUGGGAUUGCUUGCGCUGUUUGUGGCUGUUUUUGGCAAGGAGACUUUUGAGGGCCACCAGGUCUUUCGGAUCACUGCUGAAAAUGAGGCACAGAUCCAUCUCCUGAAGCAACUCUCAGAGGCAGAGAACCUUGUGCUGGACUUCUGGAUGGAACCGGUUCAUGAGUCUCUACCUGUUGAUGUCCGUGUUCCCUUACACAGUCUGCAGGAUGUAAGGGCUUUCCUGGCAUACAACAAGAUCAGCUAUCAGGUCAUGAUCUCAGAUGUUCAGAAUCUUCUGGAUGAGGAGCAGCGUGAGAUGAUGAGAUCUCGUGUUAUCCAGCCCAGAUCCACUGAUGACUACAACUACGCCAGCUACCACACACUGAAUGAGAUUUACAGCUUCAUGGACAUGCUGGUGCAGGAGAACCCUGAUCUGGUUAGCAAGAUCGUUAUUGGCCAGAGUUAUGAGGGACGUCCUCUAAACGUUCUUAAAUUUAGCACUGGUGCUAACCGCCCUGGUAUCUGGAUCGACACUGGCAUUCACUCCAGAGAGUGGGUCACCCAGGCUAGUGGAACCUGGUUCGCCAAGAAGAUUGUGAAAGAUUAUAAGAGUGACCCUGCUCUCACCGGCAUCCUUGACAACUUUGACAUUUUCCUAGAAAUCGCCACCAAUCCUGAUGGAUUCCAGUUCACUCACUCCAGUAACCGCAUGUGGCGCAAGACAAGGAAGCCCAAUACUGGAUCCUCUUGUGUUGGAGUUGACCCCAACAGGAACUGGGAUGCUGGCUUUGGAGGGACUGGUUCUAGUAACAGCCCUUGCUCAGAGACCUACCGUGGACCUAAAGCUCACUCUGAACCUGAAGUCAAGGCCAUCGUGGACUUUGUUCAGUCUCAUGGCAAUUUUAAGGCCUUUGUGUCCAUCCACAGCUACUCUCAGAUGCUGCUCUAUCCCUACGGUUACACCAAAACUCCCUGCAAGGACCAAGCAGAGCUGCAUGAGCUGGCGAAGAAGGCUAUCACUGACUUGAGCAGCCUGUACAACACGAAGUACAGAUAUGGAAGCAUCAUUAACACCAUCUACCAGGCAAGUGGUGGCACCAUCGACUGGACCUACGAUCAAGGUAUCAAGUAUUCCUACACCUUUGAGCUGAGAGAUACCGGUCUAUACGGAUUCCUCCUGCCAGCCAAGCAGAUCAUCCCAACCGCUGAGGAGACGUGGCUGGCACUCAUGGCCAUCAUGGAGCACACCAAGAAUAAUCCCUACUAAGCCAGCACCCUGAUUCAAGUAUCACUUAAAGCCAGUAAAAUCUUCAGAUCAUUCUAAACUAGCAUAACAGAUCAGACUGGCAUACACAAGGUGCCCUUGAGAUCAUUUAUGAAACAAUUCAUCUUGUAAAUUAUAUGAUAAAUAAAUAAAUGAAACCC